GACACCAUCACACCAUAGCAUACCAAAAACACAUUCCCAUCCCAUCCCAUUGAGCUAUCGAGCUAUCGAGCCAUCCAAGCCAUCAUAAAAACAAAGGGAAACAAUAACAUAAUAAUAUAAUACCCAAUUCCCAAUUCCCAAUUCCCAAUUCCACAUCAGUGCACAUCCAUCCAUCCAUCCAUCCAUCCAUCCAUCUCCAUACAUUAAUUCUCAAAUACUAAAUCCCAAAUCCCAAUGAGAAUCACCUCACCUCCCUCAUUCAUCCAUCCAUCCAUCUACCCAUCUACCCAUCUAACCCACCUACCCACCCACCCAUCCAUCCAUCCAUCCACACACUCCACAAAACCAAGCAAGCAAGCAAGCAACAAAUCGACAAAUUGAAACCUUCCCCUCUACCCCUCUACCCCCUCCCCCACAAACAACAAAACAACUAAACAAAUCUAUCAAUUCCUCACCACCACCACCACACAUUACACAUUACACAUUACACACAUUACACACCACCUCCACACAAUACCACACCCCUCAAACACCUCCAUCCAUCAUGGCCACCCAAGCCAAAGCAUUUCGAGAACUAAUUGGUGUUCAACCAUCGACUGCUUCAGUGCAGGAUAGUGUUUUAAUCAUUAUUGAUGCGCAGAAUGAAUACGCCAACGGCCACCUUAAAGUCUCCCAAGUCUCCUCCUCCCGCAAAGCCAUCUCCACCCUCCUCGAAAAAUACCGCGCCGCCCAAGGAUCUCUCGCCCACAUCGUACACCAAGUUCCCGCCGGCGCGCCCGUCUUCACACCCGACACGGAACUGGCUCAAGAAUUCGAAGAGCUAACCCCCAAGAACGACGAGAAAGUCAUUGCGAAACAACAUCCGGGUUCCUUUACCGGAACAGAUUUGGAAGCGUAUAUUAAAGGGACGGGAAAAUCGAAGCUGGUGUUGACCGGAUACAUGGCGCAUGUGUGUGUGAGCACGACGGCGAGACAGGCGGCUGAGAAGGGAUAUGAUGUUUUGUUUGUGGAGGAUGCGAUUGGAGAUCGAGAUAUUCCCGGUGUGAAGGCCGAGGAGUUGGUCAAGACAGUUUUGGCCGAAUUGGCGGAUGCUUUUGGUACGGUGGUGAAGUCUAGUGAGAUCAAUUGAGAUUUUAUCCGUUGAUCUGAAUAGAUGGUAUUUUCA